AUGCCAGACUCCCUAAGGAAGCUGGCAAUGGUGGUACACAGGGCACUGAAGCAAAAAGUUUUUAGGACUGGACAUGAAGAAAAAGCAACAAGAGGAGGAGGCCUUAACCAGGCUCUUGGCUUGUAUGCAGAGGACAGGUUUCUGAUUGUCUUGGGGUGUUUGAUCUUAGCUGUCCUGACAACUUUCAAGGAGUAUGAAACUGUUUCGGGAGACUGGCUCCUCUUGCUGGAAACCUUUGCCAUUUUCAUCUUUGGAGCAGAGUUUGCCUUAAGAAUCUGGGCUGCUGGGUGUUGCUGUCGUUACAAAGGAUGGAGGGGGAGACUCAAAUUUGCCAGGAAGCCUUUGUGCAUGCUGGAUAUCUUUGUGCUGAUUGCUUCAGUGCCAGUGGUUGCUGUUGGGAACCAGGGCAAUGUUCUGGCCACAUCUCUCAGAAGCCUCCGCUUCCUUCAGAUCCUACGGAUGCUCCGAAUGGACAGGCGGGGCGGUACAUGGAAACUUUUGGGAUCAGCCAUUUGUGCACAUAGCAAAGAACUCAUCACUGCUUGGUACAUCGGGUUCCUGACACUCAUCCUAUCCUCGUUUCUUGUUUAUCUGGUUGAAAAAGAUGUUCCUGAAAAGGAUGCUAAUGGGGUGGAGAUGAAGGAAGAGUUUGAAACCUAUGCAGAUGCACUGUGGUGGGGGCUGAUCACCCUCGCUACGAUUGGGUAUGGAGACAAGACCCCCAAAACAUGGGAGGGACGGCUGAUUGCAGCUACGUUCUCUCUCAUUGGAGUGUCUUUCUUUGCUCUUCCUGCAGGCAUUUUGGGCUCAGGGCUGGCACUGAAGGUCCAGGAGCAACAUCGUCAAAAACAUUUUGAGAAAAGAAGAAAGCCAGCAGCUGAACUCAUUCAGGCUGCUUGGAGAUACUAUGCUACUAAUCCCAACAGGAUUGAUCUAGUUGCUACCUGGCGGUUUUAUGAAUCAAUUGUAUCAUUUCCAUUUUUCAGGAAAGAGCAAUUGGAUGGUACUGCCAGCCAAAAGCUGGGUCUCUUGGAUCGGGUUCGUGGUACCAAUACUAAAGGAAAGCUAUUUACCCCUCUGAAUGUAGAUGCCAUUGAAGAAAGUCCUUCAAAAGAGCCUAAGAAUGUUGUCUUGAAUAAUAAGGAGCGUUUUCGCACUGCAUUCCGAAUGAAAGCGUACGCUUUUUGGCAAAGCUCAGAAGAUGCCGGAACAGGGGAACCCAUGGCAGAAGAGAGAGGCGACAGUAGCGACUUCCUUAUGGAAGACAUGAUCCCGACAUUCAAGACAGCCAUCCGAGCUGUCAGAAUACUACAGUUUCGUCUCUAUAAAAAAAAAUUCAAGGAGACUUUGAGGCCUUAUGAUGUAAAGGAUGUGAUAGAGCAAUACUCAGCAGGGCAUCUUGAUAUGCUUUCCAGAAUAAAAUAUCUUCAGGCAAGAGUAGAUAUGAUUUUUACACCUGGACCUCCAUCUACUCCCAAGCAUAAGAAAUCCCAAAAGGGAGGAGCUUUUUCUUACCCUUCACAACAGUCUCCCAGAAAUGAUCCAUAUGUAGCCAAAGCAUCCACAGCAGAUACUGAAGACCAAAGUAUGAUGGGCAAAUUUGUUAAAGUUGAACGACAGGUUAAUGACAUGGGGAAGAAACUGGAUUUUCUUGUUGAUAUGCAUAUGCAUCAUAUGGAACAGCUGCAAAUACAAGUCGCUGAGAUAAGUCCAUUGAAAGAAACUGCUUCUCCUGCAAAGGAGAAGAGAGAAGAAAACAAAUAUUCUGAAUUAAAAACAAUAAUAUAUAAAUACACUGAGCAGUGUGCUCAUGAAACUCCUUACAACUUCCAGCAGGUUCCAGUCAACAAAGUCAGUCCUUACGGUUUCUCAGCACAUGGUCAUAUGACUCAUUCACAACCUCUAUCAACAGGUGGGCAAAACUCUGGCAAACUGCAAGCCACACCCUCCUCAACUUCAUAUGCAGAAAGGCCAACAGUUUUGCCUAUAUUUACAUUAAUGGACUCCCAGGUUAGUUACCACUCUCAAGGAGACCUGCAAAGCCCUUACUCAGAUAAGGCGUCUCCAAGGCAGAGGAGGAGCUUAACAAGAGACAGCGAUACUCCAUUAUCCCUUCUCUCUGUCAACCAUGAGGAACUUGAGCGCUCCCCAAGUGGCUUCAGUAUCUCCCAAGACAGAGAUGACUUCCCGUUUGGCCCCAAUGGGGGAUCGGCGUGGAUGAGAGAGAAACGGUACCUAGCAGAGGGGGAAACGGACACAGACACCGACCCUUUUACACCAAGUGGCUCCAUGCCUUUGUCUUCUACAGGAGAUGGGAUUUCAGAUUCAAUAUGGACCCCUUCAAAUAAGCCAGUUUAAAAGUGUGUGUGUGGGCAGUCACUGGUUGACUUCUCCAUGUAAUGUAAGCAUACUUUGUAUAUCUCACUUACUCUACACCCAAAGCUUACUAGUUCAAAACACCAAUGGCUGCAUAAGAUGCAUGUGAUAUUAGUGGUAGUCAUUCUGCACCAUUUCAUACAAUUUACUAAUGCAGUUUUUUUCAUGCUACCAAAACUAAGGAGCUUAGUUUUGAGCAUGGUUUGCAUGACUUUACCCUAUAUAAAUGGUACAGCUGAUUUCUUCUACGAUACAUAUCUAUCUGAUACUCUUCAAUACAACAAUGGUGAAUUGAUGACAGGCAAGAUAUGGCGGUCCUUGCUACAUUUUGUAAACAGAACAGCAAAGUAAAAAUAUUUUCAG